GAGGUGAAUAGAAAAAGCAACAACAACAUCCUUCGAUUCAACUCAAUCAGCAUGGGCUAGGUAAUGCUUGCACUUUCACCUCGACUGUGUAUGCCUGAGUGUCUCAACAAAAGAGCAACAACUUUGUGAUGCAAAUCGACAAGCCGCAGGAUCCACUGGUAACAUCCCAAGCCUAAUACAUUCAAGAAAUAUAAAAGGACACAAACAUGACUUCUUCACGCAAAUGCUGCACUACAAAUGUCAAAAUUUCCACAUUGAUGAUCAUUGGAAUUGUUCUACUGGUCGGUGGAUGUGUUCUCAUACCUGAGUUUCCCAAACUAAUUCAGAGUCAAAUUAAAAAGAAUAUAGUCAUCAAGAAAGGUUCACAGGGAUAUGAUGAAUUCUUGAAGCCAACAUCACCAUUGUAUAUGAGUUAUUAUGUCUUUGAUUUGCAAAAUGAAGCAGAUGUUUUGAAUGGAGAAAAACCAAAAGUUAUACAGCGUGGUCCAUACACAUACAAAGAAAUGAGGGAAAAUAUCCCUGUAUUAUGGGAAGAUGGAGGAAAUUUGCUGACAUAUUUGGAAAAUAAAACAUAUAUAUUUGAUCAGGAGAUGUCCUGUUCUAACUGUACUGAAAAUGAUAACAUUACAACUCCAAAUAUUGUUGCAUUGACAUUUAUUAAUGAUACAAUGAAGUCAAAUACCUUUGUGAAAGUUGGGCUGGCAGGAAUUAUGAGUGCUGAAAAAGUGACAAUGUUUCACAAACUAACUGUCAAAGAAAUAGUGUUUGGUUACAAUGAUACAUUUCUACAGUUUUUGAAAAGUGUUGAAGACAACCCUAUGGUAAAGAGUUUCUUGGACUAUCUGAAAAAACAUGACCCAGCAUUGUAUGCAAAGAUACCAAACAUAAACCCAUUCCUUCAACUACAGUACAAUGGAACAGCUGGCAUGAAACAGGCAGGGAACACAACGAUAAUGACAGGACAAAAUGAUAUUAAAAAUUUGCAGCUCACAACGAAAUGGAAAGGAAACUCAUUGUUGCCAUUUUGGAAUUCGACAUAUGGAAAUAUGAUUAACGGUACAGAUGGAACGCAUUUCUCUCCGAAUCCAUCAAAAACAGAACGGCUUUACAUAUUCGUGUCCGAUGUAUGCAGGUCAUUAUAUGUCAAAUACAAAAAAGACAGUUAUGUAAAAGACAUAAAGUUACAGAUGUAUUCAACUACAGAUGAGCUGUUUCAAAAUGCAACCGUGAACAAGGAUAAUGCACCAUUUUGUGUUCCAAAAUGCUACGGAACCGGAGUUUUACACAUCGGGCAGUGCCUACCAAUGAAUCCUCCGAUUCUGAUGUCUGGGCCCCAUUUUUACCAAGGAGACCCGAUGUAUUACGAGGCGAUCGAUGGUUUGAAACCAAAUCCUGAAAAACACGGGACUUUUCUCUACGUUGAACCUUAUACCGGUAUCACGAUGAAAGCAUUCAAAAGAUUGCAAGUGAAUAUUGAGAUUCAGAAUGAUCCUGGAUAUGAAGUUAUUAUGCAUAAAGUGAGAGAUUUUCUUUACCCGAUAAUGUACAUUGAAGAGCAUGGUCUUGUUGGUGACGCAGAUGCCAAGAAAUUCAAAAACCAGGUUUAUUUCGCGGUUUCCCUCGGUGAAUAUCUGCAGUAUGGAUUAAUUGCUCUUGGAGGGGUCCUCGUUUUGUCUGCUGUUGUUGUCGGUGCCUGCGCAGAGAGGAAGCGAAAAUCGGCCUUAUUCGUUGGCGGUUGCACACCCUGCCCAUCAGUAAUUCCGCUCAAUUUCGUAAUCGAUGACCAAGAAGGUUUGAUUCAAAAUGCAAGAUAAAGCCAGAGAGUGGAGCCUGUGCGUAUUCUCAAACUCUUUCCUUUCUUUGUUAAACGAUUUCUCUAAAUGUUGUGUGCAUGGCUGUUCUGUCGGUUACAACAAUGAUGCAAUGCAACGUAUGAUGGAUUUGAUGAAUUCCACUGCAAUCCAAUCUUUGAUGAGAGUUACUUUGGUUGUUGGAUUGUUAUCUGCUGCUCUCGCCUAAGUGUAACUCUACUCCAAGUUGCUUAACAAAUAUAAUCAGUGAAAACAUAACAAUAUUUAUUGCUAUCGACAAUUUAGCUGCGUAAACACUAUUUCUUAAAUUCUAUUUAUGCUUGGUCAUGCUCAUUUAUUAUUUAUGUAAUCUUUAAGGCCUUAUUUCGUUUAAGUUUAACCCAAUGUUCCAUACGCAAUUAUUAUUUGAUUCGGGUUUUCGCAGUAGCCUCGUUAUCAGUGAAGAUGAGCAAACACGUGAUACUUUGCUAAAUAAAAUCAUGGAAAAACGAAUAAAUGGGCAAUAAAGAGUAAAUUAUCAAUAACAACUUAGUUCCAAUGCCCCAAUUCUUGCUAUUAUUCGAGACUUUUAUGCCUUCUUUUAUUGUAUCUUCUUUUUGUUUUAAUAGUAUUUUGUUCCAUAUUUUUUUGAAGAAAUUUCGUUUGCUUUGACAAUUGUUUUGUGUGACUUGCUUUUGUAAGUGGAUCUUCAUUUUGAAUGACGAUUCAACAGCGUAGUUUCUUCCUAAUAUGCAGUAAAAUGGAUUAGAAUUAUGUAGCAUGGAUUUCUGUAAGUUUUAUAUCUCUGCAUGCCGUAUGCGAUUUGAGGUAGUGUAUCUGCCUUGGUCUUA